ACACUAAUCCCGUGGGCCAAGAUUAUUUAUUUUGAUCGUUGAGUCGGCCGGAGUUGUCCGCCAGUUUUCCGUUAAUUGAGUUAUCACCUGGUUCAUCAGUGAUUACAGUGGUAACUCAAAUAAGCGACUUUCAUAGCGGAAACCCGGAAUACACGAUGAUGUACUGCCCGCCCAACGUGACCCUCAGCGAGGUGUGGACGCAGCAUGGCAUCUCACACUGUUUCAUGGACACCGUGGGACCGGCCGUCUACGGCGGAUUCCUGCUGCUCUUCGGCUGCAUUCAGUUGCUGAUGUACCGGAAGUAUGCCACCCGGAUAACGGAUCCCACGCAGAUCUCCAAGUCCCGCCUGUUCGCCCUUCAGCUGUUCCUUUUGUGUCUGCUCCCAGUUUUGGCGGCACUGCGAUUUCUGAUGAACGCUCGCAUCUAUCCGGAUAGUGCGGUGUACGGGUAUAUGAUCUUCUCCACUUGCGUUGCGUGCUUCUCGUAUCCGUUCAGCAUCUGUCUAAUACUCAAGGAGCGCUACUACCAGCUGCCUUCGGUGCCCACCCGGGGACAUGGCCUCAUCCUGUUGCUCUUCUGGACACUGGCCUUCAUCAAUGAGUCGCUGGCCUUUAUCAAUCUGCGUCACGAGGACUGGUGGUUCCAUCUGAAAACCAACAAGGAUCAAAUUGAGAUGGGCCUGUUUGUCACGCGCUUCCUUUGCUCACUGCUCAUUUUUGUUUUGGGUCUAAAAGCACCAGGCAUCAUGGCCCCUUACAAUCCGCACGAGCGACUGGAGAACGAGUCAGACCCCGAAUCACAAGGAAAUGUGCACACCGGUUCGGCUUUCAGGAAUGGCUGGCGCAAGUUAAGUACCGUGUUUCCUUACCUUUGGCCCAGGAAGAAUUUCGCCCUGCAAUUAGCCGUCAUUAUGUGCAUUUUACUGCUGCUAGCCGGUCGAGUCAUAAAGCUGUUUUUACCGAUUUAUCGCAAGAAGUUGGUGGACAGUCUUACCAUUGCUCCGAUCCUAUUCCGCUGGGACUUUGUGCUGGUCUAUGUGGCGUUGUCCUUCCUCCAAGGCGGCGGCACCGGAACCAUGGGAUUGUUCAAUAACCUGCGCACCUUCCUCUGGAUACGGGUUCAGCAGUACACGACCCGGGAGAUUGAAAUCGAGCUCUUCCGGCAUCUGCACCAGCUUUCUCUGCGAUGGCACUUGCAACGAAAGACCGGCGAGGUGCUGCGUGUCAUGGAUCGUGGAACGGAUUCCAUCAACAAUCUUCUCAACUAUAUUGUCUUCUCCAUUGCGCCCACCAUUUUGGAUUUGCUCGUGGCAGUGGCUUACUUUAUAUACGCCUUCAAUUGGUGGUUCGGCUUGAUUGUGUUCCUCACCAUGUUCCUGUAUAUAGCAUCCACCAUUGCCAUCACCGAGUGGCGCACCAAGUACCAGAGAAGGAUGAAUUUGGCCGACAACGAGCAACGUGCCCGAAGUGUAGACUCCCUGCUGAACUUCGAAACUGUUAAGUAUUAUGGAGCGGAAAAUUACGAGGUGGACUGCUACAGGGCGGCAAUUCUCAAGUACCAAAAGGAGGAGUUCCUUUCCAUGCUGACCCUUAACAUGCUGAACACCGCCCAGAAUAUAAUCCUAUGCCUUGGCUUGCUGGCCGGAUCCCUGCUCUGCGUUUACCUGGUGGUCCACCAGCAAACGCUCACCGUGGGCGACUUUGUGCUCUUCUCCACUUACCUCAUGGAGUUGUACAUGCCGCUGAACUGGUUUGGCACCUACUACCGCGCCAUUCAAAAGAAUUUCGUGGACAUGGAGAACAUGUUCGACCUGCUGCGCGAGGAGGAAGAUAUUGUGGAUGCACCAGGCUCCUCGCCGCUUCUCACGGCUGGCGGUAGCAUCGAGUUCUCCAACGUGACGUUCGGCUAUUCGCCGGAGAAGAUAGUGCUCCAUAACGUAAGCUUCACUGUGCCUGCCGGUAAAACGGUGGCAAUAGUUGGACCCUCUGGAGCCGGCAAAAGCACUAUUAUGCGACUGCUUUUCCGCUUCUACGAUGUGCAGACGGGAGCUAUCCUGAUUGACGGACAAAACAUUAAACUGGUGCAGCAGCAGAGCCUGCGAAAGGCCAUUGGAGUGGUGCCUCAAGAUACCGUUCUAUUCAACAACACCAUUUUCUACAACAUAGAGUAUGCCAAGUUGGGCUCUCCUGACGAAGCCGUCUAUGAGGCUGCUCGCGCCGCCGACAUUCACGACAGGAUCCUCGGCUUCCCGGACAAGUAUGAGACAAAGGUGGGUGAGCGAGGUCUGCGGCUCAGUGGUGGAGAAAAGCAGCGAGUGGCCAUUGCCAGAACGCUCCUCAAAUCGCCCAUCAUUGUUCUUCUUGACGAAGCGACUUCGGCCUUAGACACGCACACAGAGCGAAACAUUCAGGCAGCUUUGGCCAGGGUCUGUGCCAAUCGCACCACCAUCAUCGUGGCCCACCGGCUGUCAACUGUCAUACAUGCGGACGAGAUACUGGUGUUGCAGCAGGGAAGCAUUGCAGAGCGCGGCAGGCACGAAGAGCUCGUCCUGCGGAAAGAUGGCAUAUAUGCGGACAUGUGGCAGCAACAGCUAAAGAAUCUAGAUGCGGAGCAGAGUGGUUCCGACAACGGAGACGCCAGUGGAGAAUCUGGAUCCGAAAAACGUAGUUCAGGGGGCGCUGGACCCAGUGGAGCAGGACCAAGUGGGGCUGGAACGAGUGGUGCUCACUUUAGGGCAGGACAUGCUCAUGGUGGAGCACACUAGACUUAAGACAUCCACAAAAUACUUUCUGUUAUUCCUGAUUCCAUGUGAUUUGUGGUAUAUUGUUAUACGUAUGAACACUUCGUGAAAGUCUAAGUUCGUCUAUAAGUAACCUUAAACGCUACUCUUAUACUAAUAAAUAACGUAGAUUUUUAUAGACAAUCUGAGCGGCUUAAGUGCGUUGCUAAUAAUAAUAAUGAAAGUGAAUGGUACCAAAUAAAUAGCGCAGAAUUGUG